AAGACAGAGGCCCUGUUAUGUGGUCUGUCUCGGCAGCGGCAAGGCAGGAAAACUGGUUGGUCGUGGACAAAAAACACGGUCUCCCGAGACACUGAUGGGCUGGCCUUGCAGGAAAUUAGUACAAUGAAAUGCUGUAGCUCGUUUGGAGUCUUCCCAUAUCGUUUCCAUUCCGCGUCAUUAUAAUGCCAUUUACAGCUCGAUGGACAGUGAGAUGGCACACCUUGGUUUGUCGCGGCGUUCUUGCAUCUCAGGUCCUAAAAUAGCAUAUAAAUGAGUUAUGUUUAUUUGAAAAUUCUCAAUAGUACCCUAAUCAAGAUGUUUAUUAAUAAAGAAGAAUACUUUUUCGGGGGGUAAAUAUAAUUUCAUGCCAUUAUUUUGUAUUUUUUUUUGUUACAGUUUAUUCUUUGUUGUUAUGUUUUUGUAUUUGACAUAACUCAAGUAUAUUCACAUGUAUUUGGUCUUCUAAAUAUAAAAUAUGUGAAUUUCGGUACUAAAUCAAUUAAAACUGAAAAAAAAAAGGACCAAAAGAGUAGAUCACAAUGGUAAAAUCUAAAUUUUAGUAAAAUGACAUUACAUUGAAACUGUAUGAUAUUUUCUUGAAUAGGCCUAAGGGAGCCAAAACCUUGCUUAGCAUCUACUUUUUAGAAGUUUAUGCAACGAAGUCCUUUUUAUUUUGUUAAAAUAGUUUAGCCUUUUAGCAAAGUUUGCUUUUUUACAUGCAUAUUUGUUAUUGAGGCUGCACGAUUGGGUAAGAAAAUUUAUGAAUUUUUUGUGUAGAUUUUGGGGAAAAAGACUCUAUUCUCUUAGAGUAUAUGAAAGAAAAAUAAAGAACAAAAUUAUUUGAUCUCUUGUCAUUUUAUGGAAAUCUACAUGUGGAAAGGGAAAAUGAAAAGGACAUUAGUGGAGGAAACCAGGCUAGAAAGUGAACCAACUGCAUUUGUUUGGUGCUAUUAAUUGCCAUUUUGCCCUCAAGGUCCAUCUUAAAUUGGGCAUCAUCUUUAUCUCGUUUAGCUAUAUAGAAUACAAAACAAUUGAGAGCGAAAUAAAAUCUAGUGUUGUGCUUUUGGGUGUUUUUUUAAGUCCCCACACUUGGAGGGUAGGGUCCCAAAACUGGGCAAAAGAAUUGGUUAAGAAGAUUCUUGAAAUAAAUUAGGAGUUAAACAGUUGUAAAUUUGGAGUUGUGUUGAGCUCGGUAUCCUAUGGUCUAAUGAUUAUAUAGCGUGUUACGUGGGUAGGUCUGUGUCGUACGGAAUCUUUUUCAUGCCUAUUUCUUUGCAUUUUCUUAAGCUCAGCACCAUUUUGGUUUUCAUUCAUCAUCAGAGAUAAAGAGCAUCCCAAUUAUGAAGUGAUUAUAUGUAUAUAUAUAUAUGUCUAUAUAUAUAAAAAAGUACAUGCCCACUUAUUAACUGUUUCUCUUAAGCAUCUUUUUCUUUAUUUUAAUAUUCAUAUUUUUUUUGUUGUGGAAUUUUUAAAUUAGAAAUUAGCAUCCUUUCUUUGCUUUCCACACCUUCCCCUCAUUGACAAGGGGAAGAAAAAGACAACUGCCAUACGAACACCUUUAUCUCUAAAUGUGUAAGCAAGGGGAGGAAAUAUGAGAUGAGAAUUCAAUAUUGUAUGACUGGCUUUUUUUUUUUUUAAUUACUCAUUUGUUUUGUCUCAUUGUUGGAAAUGGUCUAAAGUAAUCUUCGUUUUUUAGUAGUAAAAUCAAAUUGAGAAGUGAACUUGCACAAGCAUGACUUGUCCUUCAUAACAAGUUAAAUGAACAUGCAUCAAGAAAUAAUUUACUAUUGUUAAUGGGUUGCUAAUUUGAUUCUUUCAUGUAUCAUAUAUACUAUUGUUUCCUUUACUUUCUUGUACUAGAUUUGUCUGGCAUGGCUGCUAUCUCAUCUUAGGGAGUGCUACUAUGCUGUUUUUGAGCAGUAGUUUUCUAAUAUCUUAUAGUAUUUUGAUAAUCUUUGUAUGGUAACCCUUUUAACUACGGCGGGCAGAUUGACUCUGAGGGAUCAUAUUUUGUCAUUUUGGACUACUAAAUUUGCAAUUGAUUACGUGCAUUUAACAACAUCUUGACAUGCUAAAUAGUUGAAUUUUCCAACUUUGAUGUCUGAAGAACCACUAACCAUUCAUAUUUUUAUAUGUAGUGAGUAGGUGAAAUGGCUUUUAUUUAUAAAAUAAAGGGGGAUAUAUAAGGUCCUACGGUUGGAAGCUCUUGUGACCCAUGAUCUAGAAGAUCUUUUAUGGAGAAACGCUUAAAUUUAAAAGAAAACAUGCAACUCUCUUCCCUGACCAAACCAUACAAAUUAAAAAGUAGAUGUUCAUUAGACAAAAUUUUUUAAAGGAAAAAUUCCCUUUCUUUUUCUAUUUAUACCCUAAUGAGUCACAACCAACCCUCACCCCUUCCCAUAUUCCGCCAAAGGCACCAUGUCCUAUCAUACAACCGGUGCCACUACUAUCUCCAACAGUGUCACCACAGUAGACUGCCAGAAACAAGUCCGAUCAUGGCGGCUUCUACGCUCUCUCAUGGAGCUUCUCAUCCCAAGCUGCAACUGCACCUUCGUAGAUGAUCCAGAAAUCAAACAAGAAGAGUACCUCCAGAGGUACAACUCUCCAAAAUCUUCCUUCAAUACUUCAUCUUCUGUAAUCACAGGCACCAUAUUUGGAUACCGAAGAGGGAAAGUGAGCUUUUGUAUCCAAACAGGCACCAAGUCCUCGAGCCCCGUUCUCAUCCUUGAACUUGCAGUUCCCACCACCGUUUUAGCCAGAGAAAUGCAAGGUGGGAAUCUUCGAAUAGCUCUAGAGUGCACCACACAAGGUCACGCCAACUCAGAUUCUCAGUCUCUUUUGUCUAUGCCGGUUUGGACUAUGUACUGUAAUGGAAGGAAAGUUGGAUUUGCAGUAAGGCGCAUAGCGUCAAGAGGUGAUGUUGAGGCGCUGAAGCUGUUAAGCUCAGUUGUCGUUGGUGCCGGAGUUAUUAAGGGCAAUGAACUUGGCCGGGAUGAUGAGCUUAUGUAUCUGAGAGCAAGUUUCAACAGGGUAUGUGGAUCAUCUCACUCUGAAUCGUUCCAUUUGAUUGACCCAGAAGGCAAUACAGGGCAGGAGCUUAGUAUCUUCUUUUUUCGCUCAACGUGACUUGAGAGUACUUCUCUGACUUGGAAUGUCCACGACUGCUGUUUUUUUUUUUUACUGAUUAGUUACAGCAGUCCUAAUGAAUUGCGAGAAGUCUCCUCAGCCACUAAAGUCCCAUCCAUGGAGGUUUUAAUUUUAAGAUCUGCUGGGCAUGUGAAGGUGUGUCAACCUGGUUGACACUUGAAAAAAAACUUUGGUUUUCUUUCCCCCCCCCCCUUUUCAUAUCUGUUUUUUAAAUGGACCCUUGAGCUUUUUGAGCUGUGCUUGAUCAUAGCUUUUAACUGGUGUACAUGGUCUACCAAUGCUUUAAUUAUAUCAGGCAUUUGUUCCUCGAGAA